GCGGAGCGCCCGGGCUGUCCUACACCGCGAUUUUCCUUUUUCCCCUUUUUUUUGUUUUCUUUUUUUUUUCUUAUCCCAAUUCCCUCUCGGGACUGGAAGCAGGAUCGGCGUCCCUGAGACUGCUAUGCCAGCAGAACUCUCCCGGGCCGUGGGAAUGCACGCCAUCUCCGACCUCCACUCCUCCCUCCCCCUGCGGCUCCUCAACAAGGGGCCCGAGUACCUCCGCAGGCAGCUGGAGGCCGGCAAGCCGGGCAGGAAAAGUGCCGUGGAGAGACUGGCCGCCGAUAAGGCCAAGUACGUGAAGAGCCAGCAGGUCAUCAGCAGCAGGCAGGAGCCCGUCAUCGCGCUCAGCUCAGCCUCGGAGAGCAGCAGCGGGACCUGCUCGGUGGGGAGCACGGCGGCGGGCAGGCAGCGCGGCUCGGGCACGGGAGCGAAGCCCCCGCCGCUGGGCAAGGCCCUGAGCUCCUGCCGAGCCCCCCUGCAGCACGGCCCCCCCAUCGCCCGGCGCAGCACCCGGCGCCAGAUGCGGCCCGAUUCCCUGGUGAUCUACCGGCAGAAAUGUGAGCUUGGCAGAGGUCAAAGCCAGGACAGCCCGCGGGGGAGCUUGGUGAGGAGGAUCUUCAAUGGGUCCGUAAAGGAGAAGCAGCUGGCUUCCCCCGAGCUGCCCAGAGUCAUGGAGGACAUCGCAGCCACCGAGGGCAGCGAGCCUCUCUCGGCCAAGGAUGGUGACCGCGAGCCUCUCUCGGCCAAGGAUGGUGACCGCGAGCCGAGCGACCGUGGAGCGGGGCAGGCUGUCCCUGUGAGCACUGAAGGGGCAGGGGUGUGCACGAAAGAGCAUGAGAGACCCUCAAAACUGAGUGCGCCUCCUGAAGAGGUCAAGGAGGUGAAGAGGAGAGGUCUCCAUCGCUCCCAGUCAGACAUCAGCUCUCGCUACUCCAAGUCCUUUGCUGACUUUGACACAUUUUUCAAGUACUGUGGCCUGGAGCAGGAGGUCAUUGAGGAUCUGGGGAGAGAGAACUUCUCCGUGGUGUCUGACAAUGUCUCCUUCAAGAUCCGCAGCAUCAGCGUGGCGACAUCGGACAGUGAGUUCACGAGGCACAGCGGGGAUGAGGGGCUGCUGGAGGACGAGCUCACCGAGCAGGUCCCCAGCAGCACCUCUGUGGUUGAGCGCAACGCUCGGAUAAUCAAAUGGUUGUACACGUGUAAGAAAGCCACGGAGACCAACAAGGUGAUCCAGGAACUGGCCUGAUGACUUCAUUCAGCAUGCGUUGGAGCCUGCUGAACUCAAGAAUUGUUGACUUGGAAGGUGAACAAAACCAGACACAGGAAGAAACUGUUCCCUCAUCUGGCUUAUGUGUACUUUAUCCAAGUUUAAUAUUUUGUUAUUCCUUCCUGCCUUCACCCCCAUCCCCUGGAAGCCUCACUUUUGUUAAGCCUGAGAGUGUCCAAGACUGCAAUGAAAAGUGGAGAUUUUGAACUGUGCCCCAGCAAGAGAGCAGGAAACAAAAACCCCUGGAAGAGUGAAGCCUGGCAGCAGCUGCCAUCCACAAUAAUAUUCAACAUCAGCUCACUGCCUCAGGAUAUCAUUCCAGGCUGUGACAGAAGGUCUGUUUUGUGCAUCCAUCUCUUUCCAGCAAUGAAUUUGUCAACAGUGAUGGGGAGAGAAAGUGGGAAUGAAGUGGAAAUCACAUCUGGGUGAGGUGUUCCCUUGCAGACAGAUUUCACCCACCUGGAUCUUCAAAGGCUCUGCCUCACCGGGCUGUCUGAUCAGAGCUCAUCAUGACAUCCUUCACCAUCAUUUGGUGGGGACUAAUUGUGGCAUCCUUGUCUGAAAUACUUGGCAAACCUUGUAAACUAAAUCCCUGCCAAACCUCUCUUUCUCUGAGUGCAUGCAAGCCAAACUGGUGUCCCUUGUAUCCAUCUAGUUUGCUCUUGCUAGUUUGUCACACAGCUUGCUCAGCCAUUAGGGAAGAAUAGCACCAAAUCCUUCCAGGAGCAUGGUUCCAAGAAACAGGUAUUGAGGGAGGUUUUGCAUUGUUUGUGCCUUGCAGAAUGGUACAAUUUGUUUGCAGUGUGUGCCUGACUCUGACAUGGCAAACACUGCAAGGUUUGGCAGUCAUGGCGUAACACCUUUAGAUUUAGGCGGUGAGUGAGCAGGCUCUUACAGAAUGGCAUUAGGGAACUAUGUGAAGUGUUCCAGGCUGUGUAUAGCCACACUUCCCAAGUGUGGGUCUGGCUGUACAAGGCAGCAUCACUGCCCUGCAAGACAAGGAGGCAUGGUAGGGCACAGCCAGGCCAGAGAAUGUCCUGGUGACACCCAGUGCAGACAACAGCUCACUCAAUAUCAUCAGUAAAAUGCUUCAUUUCGGCUGCCUGAGCUAAACAUGUUGAAAAAGCUGAUACUUGGGUCAUUAGUGUAGUGAAGGAGGCCUCUGGAGUAACUAAUGAAAUUUGCUGGCUAUGCCUCAAACACCCCAAACUGUCAUUGUCUGCUAGAAAAUCAAAGCAUUUCUACUUGGACAUUAGAAAACCACAAAACAAUUUUAAAAAUUUUUAAAAAGAGCCAAAGCUACUUUCCCUUUCAUUUGCAGUGAUACCCAUCUGUGAAAGAAAGCUGCCUGACUGGCAUAAUGUUGACUUCAUCUGUUGGUCCUGCAGGGGUUAAAAGUUUACUUUGUAUUACCAUAGUUGUGGAAAAAUUCCCCUUGAAGAACUCCUUGACAUCAGCUAAAUAUCCUCUGAGUUGCCCUUCCAUGGGUUUUAAAUGUUCUUGUCAGUCCUUGGAUGGUUAGUUCUCAAUUACAACAACAGUUUGGAAAUGCAAUGUCUUCUGUUUCUAGUGUUAGGUAUUAAGGCCUACAUGUCUGAAGUUCUUAAGACAACUAGGUAACAAGAUAAAAGAUAUCUUAUGAUAACUAGAUAAAAUAAUUUUUGAACCCAAUUUUCAACUGGGAAAAAACUAAAUUGUUUGUGCGAGCUCCUUCAAACUUAGAGAGAAGAUAAUAUGUGUGGAUAUUUUCUUACAUAACCAAAUCUCCAUAUAUAUUUAUUACAUUAUUAUAAAAGACUGAUUCUCGGAACACUUAAAGAUGCUGCUAAUAUGAUAAGAUCUAUACACUGAAGGUGCAGGUUUUUAAGGAUCACAGUCUAGGUUUAUGAGUCAGGAACAUAAUCUGUUGUAUCUGUUCUGUUCAUGCUCCCAGCAAGAUGCUGUACCAAUAUAUAUUUAUAUAUCAGAGCUAAGGAAUUCUUUUCUUUGAAAACAUGGAUGACUGUAGACAGCUCAGAGUGCAGGAAAAAUCUUUUGAGCUACAAUCCAGUGCUCUGUGACAGGGGAAGAGAAUUAAUUUAUUGUUUCCAAGGUAAUUUUUUGUUUCAUUUUCAAACUGCUAUUUGUUGUUCCUCUGUCGGUUGAGCAGCUUUCAAAAGUUAAGAUGGAAGAUGUAUUGCUGAUGAGUUUUCAAUAUUAGGAAGGAUUAUGUUUAGUUUGCUUGAAAAUACUGAACAUCAAGCCUUUCUGAAAAUCAAUGAAGUUUUAUGGCAGGGGUUAGUGAAAUCAGAACUGGACCCAUUCUGAAUACUUUUAUAAUCCCUCUGUCUUUGUGGAUAGUUCAGGAGGGUUCAGGUGACUUUCCACACUGAUGUGGCAAAAUUUCUCCAUUCAAACUCUGUAGGAAUCCCAAGCACUCCCAUUUAUUUCAGAGAUGAUGUGAACCUAAGAUCUUUGCCUGAUAAGCUAUAGAUUCCCUUUAUUACCUUCUGGGGAAGCUAAUAAUUUAAGUUUCGUAUAUGUUAGAACAAAAAGGAUGACAGUCUUUCUUUCCCCAUAUGUUUUGGGAAUGGGUAAUUCAGUGCUUUUUCCAAAUGAUAAGGGCUCUGGUGUUCGUUCCCUUCCUGUUACUGUUACAUGUAAAUGGUUUUCCUUUCUUCUGCUGAGUCCUUCAGUCAUAUCCUUCAAAAUGAGAAGAACUUGCUAAUAUUAGCCACUACCUAUCUUUUUGGAAAAAAAAAAUCAUUAUAUUUUGGUUCAGUUUUUUUUUACUAUUUGAUUGUAAAAGAUAUCCUUUGGGAUGGAAUUUUCCAACUUUGGUGUUAAACUGUGGAAAAGGGGGCUGUUGUAGUUCGAACAAAAGUUUUAGCAACCGAGUUGGUUUUCCAGUUGUCUGGGGAGCCUAAAACAGCGGCUAAUGACAAAGGCUAGUCAUAAAUUGAAUUACUUUGUUUGACUAGAACUAUGUCAACAAAAUAGUCAAAUGGGAUGCAAGUCUGCAGAACAAAUUGCUGUUUACACCCAAGUGUUUCAUGGUUCUCCAGUGCUGUGACAAGGGGCAACGUCCACAUAUGUGGCAUAACAGGAGAAAGGUACAAAGUCUGGGGUUUAUGGCCUAGAAUAAGGAGAUAAGACUGAAAUCUUUGCAAUAUACUGUAAAUACUACUGUACAGAAAUCUAUAAGAAAUAGAGAUUUUUCUAUAUGUAUAUUACUUUUCUAAGGGGCAUAAGUCUACAUGUUUUAUGAAAUUGGCCAAGCAUUACAGCAGCAGAGAUCAAGCAGAAACUUUCUUCUGGAGCAGGUUGUCCUGCCAUUGCCUUCUGUGAAGUUUCUUGCAUCUGCUUUUGAAUCCUUUGAAAUGGCAUACUGGUCAGAUCUGAUAUGGAUGUUUCACCAUUGUAAUGCUUGUAUUCCUGUGAAAAAAACUGCGUGCUAUUGAAUGCAUACAAAUAAA